GCAUCUUUGAAACUUCCACUCAAUCGAUUUCUCCGAUCAAAGAUCCGUCACCGGAGUAGCAAAAUAUGCCUCCACCGCCGUCUCCAAAUUCUUCAAUGGCACAGUAUACUCAACAAUUUCUCAGCUCCGUCCUCUCCCAACGGGGCCCAUCUUCCCUUCCAUAUUCCGAAGACGUCAAGUGGUACAUCCGUCAACACCUCCUGUCGCUCUCCGAAUCUUACCCCUCUCUCCAGCCCAAAACCGCCACGUUUACCCACAACGACGGACGCUCCGUCCACCUUCUGCAGUCCGAUGGCACAGUUCCGAUGGUGUUUCAAAAUGUAACUUACAACAUACCCGUUGUUAUCUGGCUCAUGGAGACGUACCCUCGUCAUGCUCCUUUCGUCUUCGUGAAUCCUACUCGCGAUAUGGUGAUCAAACGCCAACAUCGGUUUGUUAAUCCAUCUGGUUUGGUCUCCAUCCCUUAUUUGCAAAAUUGGCUUUACCCUAGUUCUAAUUUGGUUGAUUUAGCUCGUGAUUUGAGUAAUUAUUUCGGUAGCGAUCCACCGUUAUACUCGCAACGCAGACCAAACUCUAAUCCAAACCCUAACCCUAACCCUAACCCUAACGCUAGUUUCAAUACAUCUGGAUCGUCGGGCUCAAUUUCAUCCGGGUCUAUUCGACCAGCCAUCCCACCCCGGUCGUACCCCCCAUCACCGUAUGUCACCAGUAACGGGAGGAUUCCAUCGCCGGCGCCGCCUCAGAGGAUGGGGUCCGGAUCCUCCGAAGACCCAAGUGAGGUUUAUAAACGGAAUGCUAUAAAUAAGCUGGUGGAGAAUGUGCAUAAUGAUGUUGGGCAAUUGAGGAAGACCAGGGAGGCGGAAAUGGAAGGGAUGUUUAGUGCUCAGGCGGUCUUACGACAGAGGGAGGAGGAGCUUUCAAAAGGGUUAAGAGGUAUGCAAGAAGAGAAGGAGGAUUUGGAGCAGCAAUUACAGAUGAUUUUGAUGAAUACAGAUGUGUUAGAAGGCUGGGUAAGAGAGAAUGAGGCAAAAUUGGGUGGAGAUUUGUCAAAUGUGAAUGUCGAUGAUGCGAUUUUGCCAUCUGAUUCACUUUCUAAGCAGAUGCUAGAGUGUACAGCAUCUGAUCUUGCCAUAGAAGAUGUUGUUUAUGCACUAGAUAAAGCUGUGCAAGAAGGGUCUAUACCGUUUGAUCUGUACUUAAGGAAUGUGAGAUUACUAUCCCGUGAACAAUUCUUUCACCGUGCAACUUCUGGGAAAGUCAGAAUGAUACAGAUGCAAGCUCAAGUUACAAGCAUGGCUUCCCGGGCACCACCAUAUGGUGGAUGAUGGUGCUUUUCUGCCUUCGAGUUGGGGGUAUGUGCCAUUAAUCCUUUAAAAGAUAGUUUAUGAAUUAUUCUUGUUUUCUUACUAUUACUUGUGUAUGUCGAUUGUUUACUUGUGUAAUCAUGAAUUUCUAUUCUUUUUGACAUCUUAUGAUUCAUUAUAUUGAUAUGUAUUUAUAGCGAAACAUAGAAGAAAGAACAAACGAGUCCAAUAUUUCAAUGUUUCUAUAUACUAUGCCAUUGAUAGUUAUUACUUUCUACA